AUGGAGCGGGUGCCAGUGAUUAUAUAUAGUGAUACCUUCUCCCCCCUCCCUGUCCCCGCCCUGCCCACAGAGCUCCUGAUCAAGGUGCAGGUGUAUGUGAGCGGGGAGCUGGUGCCUCUGGCCCGGGCCUCAGUGGAUGUGUUUGGAAAUCGGACCCUGUUGGCUGCUGGCACCACAGACUCUGACGGCGUGGCCACACUGCUCCUCAGUUACCGCCUGGGCACUUGGGUGUUGGUCACUGCUGCCCGCCCUGGCUUCCUCACCAACUCAGUGCCCUGGCGUGUUGACAAGCUGCCCCUGUAUGCAUCCGUCAGCCUCUACCUGCUUCCUGAGCGGCCGGCCACACUCAUCCUCUAUGAGGACCUGGUGCACAUCCUCCUGGGCUCUCCGGGUACGCGCUCCCAGCCAUGGGUGCAGUUCCAGUGCCGGCCGGCCUGCCUGCCUAUCAGCUCUACCUAUAGCCAGCUCUGGGCGUCUCUCACACCUGCCAGCACUCAGCAGGAAAUGAGGGCUUUCCCAGCCUUCUUGGGCACUGAGGCCCCCAGCUCAGGCAAUGGCUCCUGGCUGGAGCUGAUGCCCCUGGCUGCCGUGAGCGUGCACCUGCUGACAGGCAAUGGGACCGAGGUGCCCCUCUCAGUCCCGAUUCACCUGUCCCUGCCCGUGCCCUCAGAACCUCGUGCCCUUGCCGUGGGCACCAGCAUUCCUGCCUGGAGGUUUGAUCCCAGGAGUGGGCUGUGGGUCCGCAACGGGACGGGGGUGAUCCGCAAAGAAGGCCGGCAGCUCUACUGGACCUUCGUCUCCUCCCAGCUGGGGUACUGGGCGGCCGCCAUGGCCUCCCCCGUGGCCGGGCUGGUCACCAUCACCUCUGGCAUCCAGGACAUUGGCACCUACCACACCAUCUUCCUGCUCACCAUUCUGGCGGCCUUGGCCUUGCUGGUGCUCACCCUGCUCUGUCUGCUCAUCUACUACUGCCGGAGGCGCUGCUUGAAGCCCAGGCAGCAGCAUCGCAAGCUGCAGCUCACCGGGCCCUCCGACGGCAACAAACGAGACCAGGCCACCUCCAUGUCCCAGCUCCACCUCAUCUGUGGGGGGCCCCUGGAGCCCCCUUCGUCGGGGGACCCCGAGGCUCCGCCGCCAGGGCCAUUGCACUCGGCCUUCUCCAGCUCCCGGGACCUGGCCGCCUCCAGGGACGACUUCUUCCGUGCCAAGCCGCGCCCUAGCAGCCGCCCGGCUGCCGAGCCUUCGGGUGCCCGCGGGGGCGAGGGUGCAGGGCUCAAGGGCGCCCGCUCCCUGGAGGGCCCCGGGGGGUUGGAGCCCGGCCUGGAGGAGUACCGGCGGGGGCCCCCGGGGGCCGCGGCCUUCCUGCACGAACCGUCCUCGCCGCCGCCGCCGCCCUUCGACCACUACCUGGGCCACAAGGGGACCGCCGAGAGCAAGACCCCCGACUUCCUGCUGUCGCAGUCGGUGGACCAGCUGGCGCGGCCGCCCUCGCUCAGCCAGGCGGGGCAGCUCAUCUUCUGCGGCUCCAUCGACCACCUCAAGGACAGCGUCUACCGCAACGUCAUGCCCACCCUGGUGAUCCCCGCGCACUACGUGCGCCUCGGAGGCGAGGGGGGCGCCCCUGGCGGGGGCGACGAACCCACCCCUCUGGAGGGCCCGAUCCCGGGCCCUCCGCGCCCUUUCCCCCAGGCUGACCCCCAGCGCCCGCUGAUGCAGGGCCACCCAGGCGCGGGGGGCGAGGGCGGCGGGGGCGGCGAGGGCUGGGGCGGGGGGCGCUCUGCGCCCGUGAGCGGCUCGGUCACCAUCCCCGUGCUGCUCAAUGAGUCCACCAUGGCGCAGCUCAACGGGGAGCUACAGGCGCUGACCGAAAAGAAGCUGCUGGAACUGGGCGUGAAGCCCCACCCGCGCGCCUGGUUUGUGUCCCUCGACGGGCGCUCCAACUCCCAGGUGCGCCACUCCUACAUCGACCUGCAGGCGGGUGGCGGGGGCCGGAGCACCGACGCCAGCCUGGACUCCGGGGUGGACGUGCACGAGGCGCGGCCCGCGCGCCGCCGGCCCCCCAGGGAGGAGCGCAUCCCACCGCCGCCGCCAGCGCCCCCACGCCUGGCGCUCAGCGAGGACACUGAGCCCAGCAGCAGCGAGAGCCGCACGGGCCUCUGCUCCCCGGAAGACAACUCGCUGACGCCGCUGCUGGACGAGGUGGCCGCGCCCGAGGGCCGGGCGGCCACGGUGCCCCGAGGGCGGGGCCGCAGCCGUGGGGACAGUUCACGCAGCAGCGCCAGCGAGCUGCGCCGCGACUCUCUCACCAGCCCGGAGGAUGAGCUGGGGGCCGAGGUGGGCGACGAGGCCGGUGACAAGAAGAGCCCGUGGCAGCGUAGGGAGGAGCGCCCACUGAUGGUGUUCAAUGUCAAAUAGCACCCUGCCGACACCACUUCUGGGGUCGCACCCCGCGACCCCAGGGCGUGCAGCCUGGUGUGUUGUGGGGGUGGUACCAGGCUCUUAGCCCCAGUCCUCCCCGCCCGGAAAACGGCACUGCGGAGCUCUCCAAUGAGACGCGCUGGCUAAAGUCUGGGCGGGACCCCCGCGGGCACCCAGGCAGAGGGAGGUGGGAGGGGCCCAGACC